UAAAGGCUAAUCUUCGCGGUAGAGACGGGAGCGGCAAGGCGCUCUGCGUUUGUCUCGAAUUGUAUCGAUAGGCUAUAGCGGUCAACCACUGCCUGGCAUUUAAAAAGUGAAAUUGACAUCCAUAGUCGCGCAGAUGGAGCACCUAUCGAGGUUCGUAGGUCAGAUGUCCUUGGCAGAUGACAGCAGAGCGGGCAACAUCUCAUCUGAGUAUAUUAAUAUUCGUGCUCAGACUUCUAUCGUCAAGAAAGAUUUUGGCCUUACGACGAUAGCGGGGGCACUGAUGGAGAAUGUAAAGAAGAACCGUUACAAAGACAUUUUACCAUAUGACCAGACCCGUGUGCCCCUGACUCUACUGACAAAUGAGAAUGAUUUUGACUAUAUCAACGCCAGCUUCAUUAAGGGUGCAACAAAGACCAAAAAAUACAUAGCGACCCAAGGGCCUCUGAGACACACUUUGGUGGACUUCUGGCGAAUGAUUUGGCAGUAUGAUGUAAAGGUCAUAAUCAUGGCUUGCAGAGAAAUUGAAAUGGGAAAAAAAAAGUGUGAGCGCUACUGGACUACUUUCAAAGAAACAAUCCAUUUUGGUCCCUUUAUUGUGUCAAACUUUGAGGAAUCUAGCCCAUAUGAGGAAGUCGUUUUCCGUACUCUGACAGUGAGAUAUCAUGAGGAAACACGGAAAAUCUCUCAAUUCCAAUACACAGCUUGGCCUGAUCAUGACGUUCCAUACACGGUUUAUGGUAUUUUAGGAAUGAUGGAUAUGGCUCGCAAAGACCAGGGAAACAACACUAGCCCUGUUCUCAUCCACUGCAGUGCUGGUUGUGGAAGAACAGGGGUGAUUUGUGCCCUGGAUUAUGUUCACGAUCUUCUUGUGACAAAGCAAAUUAAAGAAGAUUUCAGUAUCAUGAAGAUUGUAGUGGAACUAAGGAGACAGAGGCCAUCAGCAGUUCAGACAAAGGAACAGUAUCAGUUUGUGUUUUCUGCCGUGGCUUACAUGUUUGAGAAGGCUUUACGGUCAGCUGAGAACAACUCCCAGAAUCUCACCAAAGUAAGACAGACUCUGCUACUUUUGUUCAACCAUAGUAUAAUGUUUUUGUAA